GGCGCGGAGCAUCGGCGGCGCCCGGGCGGGGAUGGCGGCUCCGGGAGCGCUGGAGCCGGCGGCCGGCAGCGUGCCGGGCACCAAGGUGGAGAUCACCGUGUCCUGCCGGAACCUGCUGGACAUGGACACCUUCUCCAAGUCCGACCCAGUGGUGGUCCUCUUUGUGCAGGUCUCGGGGAGCAGCGAGUGGAAGGAGUUCGGACGCACCGAGGUGAUCGACAACACCCUGAACCCCGACUUUGUCCGAAAGUUCGUCCUCGACUACUACUUCGAGGAGAAGCAAAACCUGCGCUUCGAUGUCUACAACGUGGACUCCAAGAGCUGCUCCACUUUAAAGCAGAAGGACUUCCUGGGGCAGGUAUUUGUGGCACUGGGAGAGGUGAUUGGGUCCCAGCGGGGACGCCUGGAAAGACCCCUAACGGGUGUCCCAGGGAAGCGGUGUGGGACUAUCCUGCUGCUGGCUGAGGAGCUGAGCAACUGCCGGGAUAUCGUCACAAUGCAGCUGUGUGCCAACAAGCUGGAUAAGAAGGACUUCUUUGGAAAAUCCGAUCCUUUCCUCGUCUUCUAUCGUAGCAAUGAGGAUGGCACCUUUACUAUCUGCCAUAAGACAGAGGUGGUGAAGAACACACUCAACCCGGUGUGGCAGCCCUUCACCAUCCCCGUGCGCGCUCUCUGCAAUGGCGACUACGACCGGACGGUGAAGAUAGAUGUGUACGACUGGGACCGGGAUGGGAGCCACGACUUCAUUGGGGAAUUUGCCACCAGCUACCGGGAGCUCUCUCGAGCACAGAGUCAGUUCACAGUGUAUGAGGUGCUGAAUCCCAGGAAGAAAUGCAAGAAGAAGAAAUAUGUGAAUUCUGGCACCGUGACACUGCUCUCCUUCUCCGUUGAGUCUGAAUUCACUUUCGUUGACUACAUACGGGGCGGGACGCAGCUGAAUUUCACUGUUGCCAUUGACUUCACGGCCUCCAAUGGGUUGCCAUCACAGCCCACCUCGCUGCACUACGCAAGCCCCUACCAGCUGAGCGCCUAUGCCCUGGCACUGAAGGCAGUGGGGGAAAUCAUCCAGGACUACGACAGUGACAAGCUCUUCCCUGCCUACGGCUUUGGUGCCAAAGUCCCACCUGAUGGCAAGAUCUCCCACCAGUUUCCUCUGAACAACAACAUGGAGAACCCCAGCUGUGUCGGCAUUGAAGGUGUGCUGGAGUCCUACCUCCAAAGCCUGCGAACUGUCCAGCUUUAUGGUCCUACCAACUUUGCUCCUGUCAUCAACCAAGUGGCUGGGACAGCCGCCCAGGUGACCGAUGGCUCACAAUACCAUGUCCUCCUUAUCAUCACUGAUGGUGUCAUCUCUGACAUGCUGCAGACCAAGGAAGCCAUUGUCACCGCUUCCUCCCUGCCCAUGUCCAUCAUCAUUGUGGGAGUAGGUCCAGCUGAGUUUGAGGCCAUGGAGGAGCUGGAUGGUGAUGAGGUACGGUUGUCUUCCCGGGGACGAUAUGCCGAGAGGGACAUUGUACAGUUUGUGCCAUUUCGGGAUUAUGUGGAUGACUCAGGCAACCAGGUGCUGAGCAUGGCCCGCCUGGCCAAGGAUGUGCUGGCUGAGAUCCCUGAGCAGCUGCUCUCUUACAUGAAGACCCGUGACAUCAAGCCUCUCCGGGCAGAUCCCAAGUAGCUCUUCCAUGAGCCAUGGGACUGGCUGGUGGGGAGAGGAUAUGUCACCUUUUUUUCUGCCGGUGGCCAGGGCUUAACCAUGGAGAUGUGGACCCAAUUAGGGAGACAAUCAGCUGCUACGGUUGGUCAAAACAGGGCUGGGACCCACUUCUGGCAGUGAGACCACAGGGCUGGACAUCCUCGGCUGCCUGUUCCUCCUGCCCGAUGUCCAGCAGCAAGGCGGGACAGUCCCCCGGCCGUGGCAGUGCGGGCAGGGCCAGCGCCGGGGGGACACAAGUGUGUGCGUGUGUGUCCCGGGAGAGCAGCCUGGCGUCUGCCCCAGGGGAAGGCUGACCCCGAGUGCCUGCUGGGGGGGGUCUCAGCCCCGCCGCUCCUCGGGGCAUCGGCCUCGCCCUGUUCCUGCCUGCGCCCCAUUCCUGCCUGCACCCCGCUCCUGCCUGUUCCCUCUCUCUGUUCCGGCUCUGCUAACCCGGGCUGGCCGGCCUGCCUCAUGCCCUGUCCCACGGCCGGGCCUCC